CCUAGCUAUAUCAAACAUUAACUCAUGAAGCUGCAACACAACAUCCAAACUAUUUCAACAACCAUGAAUAUUGAAACAAGCCUCCCAUCGUUGCUUGCAAUAAUAUCCUUAGUUUCCCUAAUCAUCUUGAAACUCAUAUAUUCCAUGAAGAAAAGAUCGAGGGCCCCACCGCUGCCGCCGGGGCCGGCCGCCUAUCCGUUGGUGGGCAGCCUGCCGGAAAUGCUGUUGAAGAAGCCGGCAUACCGAUGGAUACACAAUCUCAUGCAAAAACUCGACACGGAGAUCGCCUGCAUCCGCCUCGGCAGCGUCCACAUCAUCGCCGUCACUUCUCCGCAGCUCGCUAGAGAGUUCUUGAAGAAGCACGACGCGGUAUUCGCCUCCCGGCCCGACGCCAUCUCAGCCCGCCUCACCAGCGAUGGAUACUUGACGCUGGUCUUCUCCCCCGCUGGCGAGCAGUGGAAGAAAAUGAGGAGGAUUAUGGUGUCGGAGGUGCUGACGAUGGGUGUGUUUGGACGGCUCCAGGCGAAGAGGAGCGAGGAAGCCGAUCACCUGGUGCGAUAUUUAUACAACCACUGCGGUGGGGUGGUGAACGUGAGAGAUGCAGCGCGGCAUUACUGCGCCAAUUUGAUCAGGAAAAUGGUGUUUGGGGAGAGGUUUUUCGGGCCGGGAAUGGAGGACGGGGGCCCGGGAACUGAAGAGAGAGAACACGUGGAUGGAUUGUUCGUGAUUCUUUCGUAUCUCUAUGGAUUCGCCCUAGCUGAUUUUGUACCGUGGUUGGAGGUUUUCGAUUUCGAUGGACAUAAGAGGAUUGUAAAGAAUGCGAUUAAGGAUGUAAGAAAAUACCAAGAUCCGGUGAUCGAUAAGAGAAUGGAGAUGUGGCAGCUAGGGCUCAAGACGCAAGAAGAUGAUAUUCUUGAUCUUUUGAUUAACCUCAAGAACGAUUCAGACCAAACUAAGCCCCUCUUGUCAGUUCGAGAGAUUAAAGCACAAAUUCUUGAAAUAAUGAUUGAGACGGUUGAUAAUCCAUCAAAUGCAGUUGAGUGGUCUUUGGCGGAGAUGAUCAAUCAACCAGAUAUUCUCGCAAAAGCAUGUGAAGAAUUGGACCGAGUUGUAGGUAAGAAUAGGGUCGUUGAGGAAUCAGAUUUGCCAAACCUAAAUUAUGUGAAGGCUUGUCUGAAAGAGUCAUUUAGGUUACAUCCUCUAGCACCUUUUAAUCUCCCUCACGUUUCAAGUAUGGAUGUUGUGGUGGGUGGCUACUUUAUCCCAAAAGGGAGCCAUGUGUUGCUCAGUCGUCGCGGCCUAGGGCGAAAUCCUAAGAUUUGGGAUGAGCCUUUACGGUUCAAGCCCGAGCGUUACAUUGUUGACGAGUCCUCAGAAGUUGUGCUUGUGGAUCAUGAAUUGCGCAUGUUGUCAUUCAGUACUGGGAGACGAGGAUGUCCCGGAACUGUUCUUGGUUCUACCAUAAGCACUAUGCUUUUGGCUAGACUUAUUCAGAGUUUUAGCUGGAGGCCACCCCUUGGUAAGAAUAGCAUUGACUUGACUGAGUCGGAGCAUGACUUGACAUUGGCUAAGCCUUUGAGUGCUCGUGCAACAGCUCGGUUGGACUUACAUAUUUAUCUUCAACUCAUGUCAAAUUAAUAAAUUACUGCCCCUCUUUUGAGAAGGUUUAUUUGACCAUAGAAAAAGGUUAUUUCGAGCUUGUUAGGGCUCUUGAAGAUUUGUUUGACUGCUUUGGAAUUAGUGAGUUUCAAUUCAUUUCUCUUGUUUGAAUUAAAACAUCAUGCGGUCGGGUUUUUAAAUGAUAUUUGUAUUUACAUUAUUUA